AUGGAUGAAAUUUUUGCAGAUAUAGGAUAUAUUGGCGUUUUUGUCUAUCAGUUGCCCUGGGCGCAUCUCGUUCUCAGAGGCCUCGCUCAACUGGGGAGCGGAACUCCAGAAGACUUCACGAAAAAGGUUUGAUUUUCUACCGAUAUCGUUUGCUGAAUAAUCUGUGUGAGACAUUGUAGAUGACUUUGUCUACUUUACGCUGAGAAUCUCAAAAUGUGUUCUCCAAUUAUUUUCCCCUCUCUAACUCAUCUACAUAAUAACCUAGAGUAAAUGGAUAAGUGGCGCGCAAACGGACAAAUUGAGAUUGCUGUCGGAAAUACUAUUAACCUUUUUUUCCGCAAACAUAAUUUUCUUUUAGAUUACAGUCUUCGUAACAACUAAGUUUGCACUGUUUCUAUGAUAGAAAACCUCGAAGUUACCUUAACAAAUCCUUUGUAUUCCUCUAAGCACGUUACGGAGAGCGUAAAUGAAUUUUAUUUUGUUUUUACUUGAACUGUUUCAGGGUGUGCAUAAAACCCAUUUUUGAUUUUUACUCAUUUAUUUUUUGUCUUCUAGAUAUUCUGAAUAUGAAAUUACCGGAAAGAAUCCGAAAAAUCUUUUUUCAUCGCGUCUGUGAAAGUUUUAUAGAAUGAAAAUUCCACACCUGUUGCCUUUCUGAUAAUAAGUACUUUUUUUCUGUCUUUUCGCAAAACACGGAAAGAUAUCAAAAAUCUGUAAGUGCCAUUCGAUUCAGAGUACAAAACAACCUCCAGAGCCAAACUUUGUUCUAGCACUUUUUCUACGAAAAUGCCAUCGAAAAAAAGGUUUUUUGGUAUUUUUUGGUCAAUUUCUUUUCUUGAUGAGUGGUUUUUUUGUUCUCAUAUUAUUUGCUACCAAGUUUUCUACGGUUUCCUUCUCAUAUAUUCCAGGUUUAAAAAAAUAUUUUAUAUCGAAAAAUAGGGAAAAAUGACGUUUUUUUGAGUUUGCAUCAAAAUAUUCGAGCGAUUGAUUUUUCCAGUACUUUGAGUAAACUUAUCCUUUUAAAAGAGACAUUUAAUCAUUCAGAAAAACAAAAAAAAGGUUUGAAAAACACUACUGCCGUCGUUUUCGACCGUUUAUCUUUCUGUAUGUAGUCGGAAUGGCGGUGUACUUUUUUUAAAGGGUUUCUGAAAGUGCUCCAACCCCAAAAAAGACACUUAGUUGGAUUGCAUGAAAAUUGGCGAUCCUCACGAAGCAAAAACACCCUUCCGACUGAUAUUCGAACUGUUUGAGGUACAUAUAAAUAAAUCAUAUAAAAAAAGUUUUAAUUCUAAUGAAAAAUUCUUUUGUUGCACGUUCUCAUUAAAGCUUUUUUUUUGACAAACUAAAAAUUCGCGGAACGCUCUAUUUGAAACAAUAUCUUCGAUGAACGCGGGUACCAGUUUCUCUCCACAUUUUCUAGGCAUUCUACGUAGUAAAUAAAACUUUUUUCGUGUCCAACGGCUCCGACGGUUCAAACGACUCCGAUGUCUGCGAUGUAUCCAACGGCUCGAACGCCUUUACCGGUAAAAGCGGCUUGAACGUCUCAAACGCCACCGAAGGAAGGUUCAAACGGCUCCGACGACUCCAACAGCUCCAAGGUAUCUACGUAAUAAAUAAAAUUUUUAGAUUUUCUUGUUGGUGAGUUAUGUUCAUAGCACCUUCAAAAUUCUUUCAAAACCGGUAUACCGCCAAUCCAACCACAAACAGAAAGAAAACGGUCGAACACGACGGCUGUCUGAAAUUUGGUCACGAUACAUCAUCUUGUAACUGGUUUUCUAACUAUUAAACGAAUUUUCUCGAACUUCUCUGAAUGUUGAACUGUUUUUAUUAAUCAGAUAAGUUUACUCAAAGUACUGCAAAAAAUUACUCGUUCGAAUAUUUUGAUGCAAACUCAAAAAACGUCAUUUUUCCCUAUUUUCGAUAUAAAAUAUUUUUAAACCUGGAAUAUAUGAAAAGGAAACCAGAAAACUUGGAAACAAAUGAUAUGAGAACAAAAAAACCACUCAUCAAAAAGAGAAAUUGACCAAAAUAAUACCAAUGAAAGUCAAAAUUUCCAAAUGGUCCUAUCCUUAUUGAACGGUCGAAAAACCGUUUUUUCGAUGGAAUUUUCGUAGAAAAAGUGCUAGGAUAAAGUUUGGCUCUGGGGGUUAUUCUGUACUCUGAAUCGAAUGGCAUUUACAGAUUUUUGAUAUCUUUCCGUAUUUUGCUAGAAAGGAAAGAUCGAAAACAGCAGAACUCAUUUUUCCACAUGGUGUUGUAAUUGAGUUAAAAACUUUAGCAGAAUGCUAAAAACAACAUUCUUCGAAGCUCCAGUAAUUUUCAGAAUGAUUGAACCCCUUACAAGAAAGUUUCUGACCGAAAACCCCUGUGUAACUUCUCUGAGGAUACAGCAUCAACUCUACAACAGUUCCCUUUUUGUUCGAAUUCAAAAAAUGGCCAAUUUAUGUAACGCUGUCUUGUCUCAGCACCAAAAUCUGAUUAAAAAACUAAUUCUCAAAUUCAGUGAUCUUGGUCGGGAUGGUGAUAGCAUCACCUCGAUCGACGUUCGAAACUGUGCGUCUCUUCUUCCGGCGACCCAACCUCGCGAAAGGAAGAAAAACUAACGCGAAAGAGGACAUGGUGGUGAGUUGCCUCCCUAAUCUUUAUUUACAGUAUAGAAAUGAAAAGGAAAUGUUGAACUUGAUUAUUCAUACAUCUCGGCAGACUGGAAGUCCAUUCUCAGCUUAAAUAGAGCUUUUUGAAUGUGACUGAUGCGACGAAAAAUAAAGUAAUUACUAAGAAAUAAAACUUUUAUUCCAGUUUUCCAAUCAAAGAUACUCAUGUUGGCUUGGCAAAACUUUCUUUUUCUUAGUUCAUUGUUCAUGCUGAAUUGAUAGAUUUGGUCAUUGAAUAUAGGAGCUAUUUUCAGCGGAUAGACUGCAGGCGGAAGUCUACAGAAAGAGGUUGCCCGCGAGGAAGAGCCCGACAGCGACAAAGUGUCGCGGUCGCGGGAGCUGUUGGGGAGCAUCGAACUCUCGAUGUCUCCUCGCUACGUGUUCUCGUCGGGCAAAGGACCUGACAGCGAUGUUCGUCAGGAUGGUGAUUUGUCACCAUUUACAGUGCUCAAAAGUGAGUUCUUGCUCGGUUCGGUGAUUGAAAAAUGUAGAGAUCAAUAAAUUUGAAGUUGAAAAGGGGAUUAUUGUAAAACGUUUUUUUCAGAUAUGUUGGUCGGGAUAGUGAUCUCACCGCACAAAGCUUUGUGAAAGCGGUCAAAGUCGUCCUCGAAAGAUGUGAAGUGCUUCCGCGCAUCGUAAUCCAUCGCUCGGGAUUCAACGAUGAGAAGUUAGCGGAGUGAGUCUUUUAGCAUCGAACAUAAAGAAAAAGGAGCAUUCGAAAAAAUUUUUCACUCAUUCAUCUCCAAAAAAAGUAUCAACUGUAAUACAGCUGAAUUGCCUUCUUUCUCAAUAUUUAUGCAUUCAGGCGUUCAUUUCGACCGCCAUCGCCAAAGCUCUCAGGGACGAGAACAUGCCGCGGAUUCAUGGCUUCUGA